AUGGGCAUCACGCGAUACAUCAACCCGACGGCGAUACCGCCCCUCAUCAUCUUCACGGCACUGUCGUCGUUUGCAUUCAACAACUCGCUGCUCGUCACGGCGAGAGCGGACGAGGAGAGACGGACGGCGCUCCUCCAUUCCCUCCUUGACGAUAUCGUCGCAUUGCGACGCAAUCAACUCCGCUCCCUCUCCUCUAUCCCAUUGCGGUCGCAACGUGGGAUACAAGGCGGGGGACAGAGGGAUGAAGACGGACAGAGGGAGAGGGAGCGAGAGAGGGAACUGACGGCCCGACUGGCCUCUGUCCACCCGGACGUGACCCGAUUCGGUCUCGUCCCACCCGCUUCUUCCCUCCUCCUCCACCCUUCCUCCCAACAACCAGGAUCUACAGCAACUCCCGGAGCAGCGCCGGGGCCGGGAGGGAUGGAGGAAAUCACGUGGACCCAAAUCUUCUUUGGCAAGCGCGGAGAGACGUCGAAGCGUUUCAGAGACGUCGUCGACGGUAUCCGCGCCUCCUUCACCCUACCCUCCUCCCCUUCAUCCCUCUUGGGCGGCAGCGGAAGCGGCGGCACCCGGGAAACGACAAGAGAACAAGAGGAACGGCUACGGCGCCAACGGGAGGAAGAGGAACGGCUGCUCGCCUCGUGGCGCGAGGUUGUCGGCUCGGACCUCGACGACGAAGAAGGCAAGGGGAAAUGA